AUGGAGAAAGAGGACAAGAAAGUUGGCAACCCAGUAAAUGGACGAUCAGGUGUGCUGCGAACUUCAAAGGGGCGGCUGCGCCCAUACGACGAUCCCGGACACUUCCAUCAGGAUUGCCUCGUUGCGCAUGCGUUCACCUGGGCGGUUAUCAUCCACGUGCAGUGGGCAAGCCCAAAGUUCCCGGAUGCAAGAAGCCGGGCCGAGGAUCAUGUGGUGUCUGCCAACAGCCAUAUAAACCGUUCAACACCCAGGCAUCAUCGCAGUCAGCGGCGAAGCACGUCUUUGUGUAACCCUGCUUUUCGCUCUUGGCAGGUGCAAGUGCUGUUCGCCUGCGUCGUCCUUCAAGCCUACGCCCUAGACCAUCACCAGCCCAACCUGGCUGGAUACACGGGUGUAGGCUUUGCAGGCUAUGCUACUCCGUCGGCUCCCUACGGAAGAUACGACGCCUAUGCCUCUCCACCUCAGCCGUACAGCUUCGGCUACGACAAUGUGGACGAGUUCGGCAACCGGCAGUUCCGCAGCGAGCAAGGUGAUUCCAGGAACGCCAAGACCGGGUCCUAUGGAUAUCGAGACGCGAAUGGUCUCUACCGCCGGGUGAACUACGUGGCCGAUGCGAACGGCUUCCGUGUCACCGUGGACACCAACGAGCCGGGCACCGCCCCUGGUGCCAGCGCCGACGCGGUCUUCAACGCUGCGCCAGUCAUCCAUCCGGUUCCAUCGGGAGCUGCACAGACUGGUGCACCCACAGCAUUUGCUGCUUGGGCGGCGUCGCCUUACAAUGCUGGUGGAUACAGUGGGUACGGGAGAUACGGAUACAACCCCUACGCAGGCGCUGCUGGAGCCCGUGGUUACGCCCCUUACGGACGUCAGGGAUACGUUGCCAGUGGUCCAGCACUUGGAGGAUACGCUUAAGGCGGCAGUGAUCCCUAUGGCUACGGGGCUGCCGCACAUGCAGCGGGUUACGCUCCGGGUGUCUAUGGUACUCCAGUUGGAUACGGAAGUUCGCCUUCUGCUCAUCAUGGAUACCGCCGUCGGUAAUGAAGUCUUUUGCCGUGUGUAUGCAACACGUGCCUGAGAAGCCAGACUUGUAGCCUCGCAAAGUGUGUAUGGUGGAUGUUGUACAGUUGA